UCAAAAUCAAACGGAGAAAGCUUCUUCACCCACUCUGUUAUUUGUGUGCAUAAAUAAAGUAUAUAAACCCCGUUGUGUGUAAUUGCAGAAAAAUCCAUAGUAAAGUAAAAAAAAAAACAUUAGAAGGGCCAUCAGCAAUGCAGGUGACCAUUUUUAAUCUUAUUAAAUUUGUGGUCUUAACAGCUAGUCUCAUAAGCUAUUCAUCAAGUCUCAAGAUCGGAGAAACAUGUUCAGAUAGCAACAAAUGUGACUCGGGCUUUCAAUGCAACACUUGUCCUAUUAAUGGGAACACUAGGCCUAGAUGUACCCGUCUUCAACCCUUGAGUCCUACUUCAAAGGUUAAAGGUCUGCCAUUUAACCGGUAUUCAUGGCUCACAACCCACAAUUCAUUUUCCAUAGUCCGUGCUGUGUCGGAUACUGGUUCUAUAGUUGUUGCUCCAAGGAAUCAGGAGGAUUCAGUCACUGAUCAGCUUCGAAAUGGUGUUCGAGGGCUGAUGCUUGAUAUGUAUGACUUUAACAACGACAUCUGGUUGUGUCACUCCUUCGGAGGAAAAUGUUUAAAUGUUACAUCUUUCAGACCUGCAAGUAAAACUCUUAAAGAGAUCCAAGUGUUUCUGGAAGGAAACCCAACAGAGAUUGUAACCAUUUUUAUUGAGGAUUAUGUUACAACCCCAAAAGGAUUGACUAAGGUCUUUAAAGCAUCUGGUUUAGACAAAUACAUGUUUCCUCUGUCUCGGAUGCCUAAAAAUGGUAGUGAUUGGCCUACGGUGGAUGAUAUGGUCCAAAAGAAUCAACGGUUGGUGGUAUUUACCUCUAAAUCAUCCAAGGAGGCAUCAGAGGGCAUAGCUUAUGAGUGGAGAUAUGUAGUGGAAAACCAGUAUGGAAAUGAAGGAAUGGUAGCUGGUUCCUGUCCAAACCGUGCUGAAUCCUCUCCAAUGAACACUAGUACCAUUUCACUUGUUCUUCAGAACUACUUCCGUACAGAUCCAAACUUAACAGCAGCAUGCAUGGAUAACUCAGCUCCAUUAAUUAGCAUGAUGGACACUUGUCAAAAAGCAGCUGGCAAACGAUGGCCGAACUUUAUAGCUGUUGAUUUCUACCAAAAAAGUGACGGGGGAGGAGCUGCAGAAGCUGUAGAUGAAGCAAAUGGCCAUCUGACUUGUGGAUGUGGCAGCAUAGCCUAUUGCAAGGAAAACGCAACAUUUGGUACGUGCGACACUCCUCCAAUUUCUCCACCGCCACCAGCUGCAGCCACAGCUGAGCCAACUUCUCAAACUGCCAGCAGCGCUUCCUCUCUAACCACAUUUGUGCAAUUUCAGUUCUUUUUAUGGACUAUAUUAAUUAUAACAGUGUUCUUCUCUAAUCUCUGAACUACAUGACUUUAUUAUAUUUUAAAGAGAUUGUGUUUUGCCAAUUUGUACUUGGCUGGUGGUCACUGAAUCAUAUGAUCUUCCCAGAGAAACAUAACUGUUGUAUGUAUGUUUUUUUCAAUGAUAUUUCUCUCUUAAUUA